GACACUGUGUGUAUAUGUGUGUCAUGGGGAGAGACGGAAGCCCCCUUUGUGUAUGUUGUCUUCAAGUGCAUCAUUAAAUGUGUGUUUGUGCGUGUACCUCAGAAUUUUUGUCAUCCUGGGUAAAGAUCAGGAAAAAAGGGCUUUGAAUAAAUGUCUUUAUUACUUGUCAAUUCUUUUUUAUAUGGAUUUGUUGUUCAUUCAUUUGUUUGUACAGUAAUGUGCAGAAGUCAGGGACCACCCUUUAUGUCUUUAUCAGAAUGGUCAUAUAUGGUCAAUUACAACAGUCAUUUUUCACUGUUCACGCUAAAAGCAGAGGUGUUUCCACCCUUUGUCUUUAUUAGAGCUUCCAUUCAUUUCUGAACACUUGCUUUCAGUUGGUCAAAGAAAUCUGCAGGGAUGUUUUUCUACACCUCCGAAAUUCAGUCUUGGAAGAUGGAUGCAUGACGCAUGUACGUUCUAUUAUAUUGAGUGAUGUUGAGGUCUGGACUGUAGAGUGGUCAGUUCAUUGUUCUGAGAACACCAGCAGCUUUUUUAUUUGAUUUGCAAAUUUUCUUUGAUUUUGUCUCUUUCCUUUUCUUAGUAGAUUUGAGGCAAGAGCUUUAUUGUCUCCUGUCUUUCAAAAAUGAAAGUUUUAUCUGAUGUUGACGGUUUUGGUGGUCUACCAGCCCUUCUCUACGUCUUUUAGGGUUUUAUUUUUUAACUCUAGGUUUGGAAGCUCCUUUUCUUUUGACUUUCCUGUUCUUUGUGCAAGUGGAUUAACUUCCGUCUCAUUUCCUCAGAAAUAGCUGUUAAAAUAAAGAACGUGAUGGCUGUUUUGUGUGGUCUCACUUUUGCCCAGUACUGUAUUUGUUUUUUUUUUUUUUUUCAUUUAUCCCACUAAACAAAAGUUAGAUGUCCAUCAUUUAUUCAGUAUAAAGACAUCUUUUCAUAGCCUUUUCCUUCUUAACAAGGGUGCUAGUGUUUUUGGGAGAAUAGGUUUGAAUGUAGCUCAGGCUGAUUGAGAGAUUGUGGUUCGCUUCUCUCCCUGAACUGGGAUGUGUGUUGCUAUGGUGAUUGCUACUCUAGGUUGUCAUGGUGAAGUCUUUUCAACGUUUUGAGUUGCGAUCGCUGUGGGGAAAUGGCCAGCUGUCACACUGUAGCUUCAUUACGCACAUGCUGUUUACAGUGUGGGCCGAGUCUCAUCAUUCUCUUGUAAACGCAGGGCGUUUUUAACAUGGUCUUAUAUUGAACUCCACAGGAAUGACGUUUUGUUUUCUUUUCCUGUUACCCAUCCUCAUUUCUGACCUUCUCAUGCUUCCUCCCAGCUCUCCUGCUUCAGGAUAUUCUUGCUUUACAAUGCAUUUCUAAAUGAAAUAUUUAUAACAUCCAUAUGGUUGCCCUCCUCUGGUUUGGUUUGCAGAGCCUCCCAUGUCUCAGUGUCUUUACAUAGACUGCAAUCGCCCCAAAAGUCAUUGUUUUCUAAAGGCUUUUAACCACUAAUAUGUAUAUAAUUUUUUUACAGAAUGGUAUUUACAGUGCUGCUCUCUAAACUCCUCUUUUCUCUCUUUGUUAAGACCCUUUUGCCCCAGCUGCUGAUCAUGCAGCUGUUUCCCCACAGCUGGACCUGUUCUCCAUGCAGCCUGUAGAGAGCAGUAUCUCAUGCUUCAGCUCCGUGGCACCCCCUGCAGUUCAGACCCCACUCACCUCUAACAGUCCCGUCACCCCUAGCCCUGCAGCCCCCACAGCAGACCUGUUCAGCGGUUUUUUUGAUUCUGUGCCGGAGCCGGCCGUGCCCAAAUCAGACCCUGCUCCUAGUCUAGACCUGUUUUCAUCAGAUGUGUUCUGCCCCCCUCCUGCCGCUCUCUCAGCUCCUGUGAGCUGGCCAGACAGCGGGACAGCUGUGGACUUGGUUAGGGGUGGGUAGUGAUUGGCUGGAUGGGGCUCUAUCUAGGGUGUGGUGCUUUUGUUGAUUUUCUGUGGCGACCUUCAAUUGCAGGUGUUUACAUCAUGCAUAUUUGAGUGAAAAUUGCCUUGAGAAUUAUGUGGAUGCCAGUUGUGAGGUGUGAACUUGUGAACUGUCUUGUGAAGUUUAGUGACUGAGUUUGUGUGCACUCUCACGGGCAUGUUUCUCUCCUUCCUCUGGGUGACUGACUCUUUCCCUGUUUCUUUGGGGUUUUCUCUCAGUGUGUCGGAGAUGGCUCAUUCUUAACCAUUCUCUGCCCUUAUGCUGCGCGGAUGCUCCCACUGUGGCCUGACCUGGUUUUGUACGGUCUGGU